AUGUCCUCCGAUUUGAAAUUCGAAACCAUGCAAGUCCACGCGGGGCAAGUCCCGGACCCGACGACGAACGCACGCGCGGUGCCAAUUUAUGCCACCACCUCGUACGUGUUCAACGACGCGAAACACGGCGCGGAUUUAUUCGGCGCGAGAGCGUUCGGGAACAUCUACUCGAGAAUCAUGAACCCAACGAACGAUGUUUUCGAGAAGAGAAUCGCGGCGUUGGAAGGCGGAGUGGCGGCGUUAUCGGUGUCGAGUGGACAAUCGGCGCAGUUUUUGGCCAUCUCGACUAUUUGCAACGCCGGCGAUAACAUCGUGUCGAGCGCGAACUUAUACGGCGGGACGUACAACCAGUUCAAGACGAUGUUUCCGAGUUUAGGGAUUAACGUGAAGUUUGCCAGCCAAGAAGAUCCGGCGAGCUUUGAAAAGUUGAUCGAUGCCAACACGAAGGCGUUGUACAUCGAGACUCUCGGGAACCCGUCGUUUUUGGUUCCGGAUUUUAAAGGCAUGAAAGCCGUCGCCGAGAAGCACGGGAUUCCGUUGAUUUGCGAUAACACCUUUGGUGGUGGUGGAUACGUCUGCCAACCGUUGAAGUUGGGCGCGGAUAUUGUCGUCGAAUCUGCCACGAAAUGGAUCGGCGGUCACGGGACGACCAUCGGGGGUAUCAUCGUCGACGGCGGGAGCAUGAACUGGAACAACGGCAAGCACGGUAAGAUUUGCGAUCCGUCUCCGGCGUACCACGGCUUGAAGUUUUGGGACACCUUUGGCCCGGACGGCGUGUUGGGUGCCAACGUGGCGUUUAUCGUCAAAGCCAGAUUUGAAGGUUUGAGAGAUUUGGGGAUGGCGUUGAACCCGAUGGCGGCGUUUCAGUUGAUUCAAGGCGUCGAGACGUUGGGCUUGAGAAUGGAACGACACUGCGAAAACACCGUCAAGUUGGCCAAAUAUUUGGAAGGACACAAAGGCGUCGCAUGGGUUUCGCACCCGUCGUUGAAAUCUCACCAAUCGCACAAAACCGCGGAGCAGUACUUCCGUAAGGGUUGCUACGGCGCCGUGUUGUGCUUUGGCGUGAAGGGCGGUUUGGAAGCCGGGACGAAGUGCAUCGACGCGUUCAAAUUGGCGAGUCAAUUGGCCAACGUCGGAGACGCGAAGACUUUGGUCAUCCACCCGGCUUCUACCACGCACGAGCAGUUAUCUCCGGAAGAACGAACGGCGAGUGGCGUGAACGACGAGAUGAUUCGCGUUUCGGUUGGUAUCGAACACAUCGACGAUAUCAUCGCCGAUUUUGAGCAAGCGAUCGCGGCGAGUCAAUAA